ACCGGAGCGAUAGCGUUUCCAAUUGUUUUCGAAAAUUUUCAAAAUUUGAUUCUUGUAUAAUUAAUUAACUAUGGUAUUUCGGAGAAUACUAUAAGUUGUCAUAUUUUUAUUUUUUUUUCUUUCGAUUGCGACUUCUUCGAACUCUGUAGCUUAACGCGUUGAAGAGAUAUUAAUUUUUUCGUUACUGCAAGGUACUGUGAGUCUUAGACAUAGAUAUAAUUUAUACCGUGUAGGAUCGCAUAUAUCGGGUUGGCAUGUAUAGGCAAUACCAAAGCGUCUAGACGUGAAUUCGUUGGUUAUAUCAACGCUGAAGUCUUGCACUAUAGCACUAAAUAUGUCGAAACGUACUCAAAUUAUUUUAGUCUGGCUCCGAUGAUCAUUGACCGUUCACCUGACAGCUUCCUCUUCUCAAAUAUAACCUCUAAGAACGUGACUGGAAACGAUAAACGAUCUGGUGGAGUGGUAUACGAUUCCUUGAACUAUCCUGGAGCUUUAAAUCAGUUAUGUAAAAAUAAUUAUGAUGAUUGCAACGUAAAGUGAAACGUGCAAUUGCACGAUGGGUAAAUAAGUCGAUAUUUUUUAUUCGCUUUGUGUAAAUAAGGAAAACACGAAAUGAAUCUAAGACGAAAGUGAGGUUAUAUUUAUAAAUCGUGAAAACAUGUUCAAAAUAGCCACAAUACCAUCGCAUAUCUGCGUGAUAAAAAAAACACUCAUGUGCCCAUUGAGAAAAAAAAACUUAAAAGGUGAGAUCGUGAAAAAAAUGAUGAAAGAGCAGAAACAGUGUUUUGGGGCUCUGUUAGAGACGAAGAAAGAGAAAACAGCCAGGCUCAAGAAAGAAACAUCGGGGUUAACAGUGAGAAAUAAAAAUUUGUCUAAUCAAGAAGAUUCUGAAUUUUUGUGGAUGAUGAGAGUUUCAGAAGAUCGAUUGAGACGAAUUCGACUGGUUGUCCCAAAAAAACCCGAAGUUCUCUAUGAUGAUUGUAUAAAAAAUUUUGAUCAGAACAAUGAGAAACCAGCUCCUCGAUCGGCCACAAGUUCGCACCUUUCCAAAACUCAAAAAUCAAUUAUACGUCAAAGUUUUGUAGAUGGAUAUAAAUUUAAUUUUACUAAUGUAGAUAAACAUUAUGUACCCAAUACAAAAGUGCAUACGAGCCAAAACCUAUUAAGAACUACCUCGAAAGGUCAAGAAGAUCAAAUACUCACAGAUAAUGCUUCUGUCGGACAUUCAAGCUCAACUAUUGAGCUUGAAAACAUUCCUCUGUCUACUGAGUCUUUACCAAGUUCAACAAUUAUGAAAGUUGAAACAAUGGCCUUGAAACCAAAGGAACUGUCUGUAAAAAGUAGGACCGUAAUGACAAGGGCUGUGGCGAUGAAUUUAAAGCUAAAAAUUCUGACUUUGAAACAGAAGAGGGUUGCAGCGAAGCUCAAAACAAUGUCUGCACAACCUAAGAUAAAGCACUGGAAACUUAAAAAUGUAACUUCCAAAUCUGAUGCUGAUUCACGGGUCAAUUCGCAAAUCCAAGCUAUUUUGGAUAAUAUUAAAACGACUGAGUUUUAUACUGAAAGUCAUAAAGUCUCCAAUCCUCGAAUUGAGAUUUUUCCUGGAAUGGAAAGUUGUAAAUUCCUCAGUGUUCCAGAUGUAACACAAAUCCUUAAUGCUACCAUGAGCGAUAAAACAAAAUUCAGGCUCAAUUGGUACAUAUCAAAAUUCAUAGAGAAUUUUGGUGAUGAAGUCUACACCAGGUAUAGACAAGAUAUGAUGCAAUUUAAUACACUGUUCCAAUAUGCGAUUAGCUGUGAAUUGAAGAAUUUGCCACAUGAAGUACCACGAAAUGUGGAUGAUUGUUUCAAGGGUAUUCAAGCAACCCUGAAAGAUGUAAAAGACGUCAAGGUGAUCGGUUCGCAAAUUGUUCACAAAAAUUUGGGUUAUCGAAGUGUACUGGACUGUGUUGCCUCGUUUAGAGGAACUCUGUGUAUGAUAAAGUGGGAUAAUAUGAGGAGGCCUAAAAGACGGACGUCUUACAAUUGGAGUACACGGUGUAUGCAGAUAUCUGCGUCCGUGGGUGCAUUGAAUGCAGGCAACACGUAUCCAUUUAAGAUAAAAUCGGGUGUUCUCGUGACGGCUUACAGGGACGGGAAUCCACCGUCGAUAGAGCAACUGGACGAAGAUAAAUUGCAGUUCUACUGGAAACAAUGGCUGCAGAGAUUGCGAAAAUUUUACGAAACGCACCUCGUGAAAGAUGUUCUUGACUGUUAGAACUAUAUUAAUAUUAAAUCAUUGAAAGUCA